AUGGAUUUCAUCAAGACCAGUUCCCUGCGUGCUCUGAUUGAGUUAACUUUCCAACGCAACUGGAACGGCCUCAUUUGGAUGAGUAGAAAAGGAGUUAUAGCCAAAAGAGUGAAGACUGCUCCAGACGGCCAUAUCGAGAAUCAGCGUCCAACGCGCAGUCCGGCUGGCCGAGGAACGAAUGUUCCGCGCUCGGCCAAAACCGUAUCCGUCCGACUGAAGUCUCGGCCAAAGUUCCAACCACUCGGCCGAUCACACACACGACCCGGGAAACUUAAGCCCGCGGUCGGCCAACGCCACGCCACAACCGCGCACGACCAAAGCCGCGCGAGCCGGGAGUAA